GUUCCGCGGCGGCAGCGGCUGAGGCGGCGGCGGGUACCUGCCGACAGCCCAGUGCCGAGUGAGGGCGCUGGCGGAGCCGAGCUGGCGAGAACCUCCGGGGGUUAGGGGUGGCGGGGACGGGACUGCGGCCGGGCAGCCCGGCCUGGACGGUGCAGGGGGCGCGAUGGCCACGGCGGACCUGCAGGGGAAGUACCAGAAGCUGGCUCAGGAGUACUCGAAGCUUCGAGCACAGAACCAGGUCCUAAAAAAGGGUGUUGUGGAUGAACAAGCAAAUUCUGCUGCUUUAAAGGAACAACUAAAAAUGAAGGAUCAGUCAUUGAGAAAACUACAGCAAGAAAUGGAUAGUUUGACAUUUCGCAAUCUGCAGCUUGCCAAGAGGGUUGAACUACUUCAGGAUGAACUUGCUUUGAGUGAACUCCGAGGCAAGAAAAAUAAGAAAAGUGGAGAAUCUUCCUCUCAGUUGAGUCAAGAGCAGAAAAGUGUCUUUGAUGAAGACCUUCAAAAGAAGAUAGAAGAGAAUGAACGAUUGCAUAUACAAUUUUUUGAAGCUGAUGAACAACAUAAACACAUGGAGGCAGAACUGAGAAGUAGAUUGGAGACAUUGGAGACAGAAGCAGCACAGCACCAAGCAGUCGUAGAUGGUUUAACAAGAAAGUACAUGGAAACCAUAGAAAAACUGCAAAAUGACAAGGCCAAAUUAGAAGUAAAAUCACAAACACUAGAAAAGGAGGCCAAGGAUUGUCGACUUCGAACAGAAGAAUGUCAACUUCAGUUAAAUAACCUUCAUGAGGAUUUGUCAAGUAGAUUAGAGGAAUCCUUGUCUAUCAUCAAUGAAAAAGUUCCUUUUAAUGACACAAGAUUUAGUCAGUAUAAUGCUCUGAAUGUUCCACUACACAAUAGGAGACAUCAGCUGAAGAUGCGGGAUAUUGCUGGGCAGGCCUUGGCUUUUAUUCAAGAUCUUGUGACAGCUCUUCUGAACUUUCAUACCUACACAGAACAGAGAGUCCAAAUUUUUCCCAUUGAUUCUGCCAUUGAUACUAUAUCACCAUUAAAUCAGAAGUUUUCACAGUACCUUCAUGAAAAUGCAUCCUAUGUUCGCCCUCUUGAGGAAGGAAUGCUUCGCUUAUUUGAGAGUAUUACUGAAGAUACUGUGACAGUCUUGGAAACAACUGUGCAAUUGAAAACUUUUUCAGAACAUUUAACCUGCUAUGUAUCUUUUCUUAGGAAGAUUCUUCCUUAUCAGUUAAAAAGUUUGGAGGAAGAAUGUGAAUCUUCUGUUUGCACAUCUGCAUUAAGAGCCAGAAAUCUAGAAUUAUACAGUGAUGUGAAAAAGAUGACUGCUGUGUUUGAGAAGCUCCAGACUUAUAUUGCUCUUCUUGCAUUGCCAAGUACAAAGCCAGAUGGACUACUUCGGGCAAACUAUAAUUCAGUAUUAACACGUAUUGCUGUAGUUCUUCAAGAAUUUCAUGAUGUCAUGAAAGAUAUUUCCAAGCACUAUAGUCAGAAAGCUACCAUAGAACAUGAACUUCCAACAGCUACUCAGAAGCUCAUAACAACUAAUGACUGCAUUCUGUCUUCAGUAGUGGCAUUAACAAAUGGAGCAGGAAAGAUCGCAUCUUUCUUCAGCAACAAUGUUGACUACUUUAUUGCUUCACUGAGCUAUGGGCCUAAGGAGGCCAAUGGAUUCAUCAGUCCUCUCUCAGCAGAAUGUAUGCUGCAAUACAAGCAAAAAGCUGCUGCUUAUAUGAAGUCUUUGAAGAAGCCCUGUUUGGAGUCGGUGCCUUAUGAAGAAGCUCUGGCCAAUCGUCGUAUCCUUUUGAGUUCCACGGAAAGUAGAGAAGGUCUUGCACAACAGGUCCAGCAGAGUUUAGAGAAGAUUGCCAAACUGGAGCAGGAGAAGGAACAUUGGAUGCUGGAAGCCCAGCUAGCCAAAAUCAAGUUGGAAAAGGAAAACCAGAGAAUGGCAGAUAAGGGGAAAAAUGCCAGUGGAGCCCCGCUGGUUCAGAAUACCCAGGAAAAUCCUGUUGUGGUGAAUGCCACUGUACAAGAUCAGGAAGAACCAUCUGACAGGACUUGGCAAGAACCUGUUCAGAGUACCAGUCUGGUUGGAAUGUUGGUGAAGACAUCAGACAGUGAGGUUCCAGAUGUUGAAUCCCGUGAGGAUUUAAUAAAAAAUCAUUAUAUGGCAAGGAUAGUGGAGCUUACAUCCCAGCUUCAGUUGGCUGAUAGCAAAUCGGUGCAUUUUCAUGCUGAGUGCCGAGCACUCUCCAAAAGAUUAUCUUUAGCAGAAAAGUCUAAAGAAUCAUUGAAUGAAGAAAUGAAAUUAGCUAGUCAGAACCUUAGCAGACUGCAGGAUGAGUUGACAACUACUAAGAGGAGCUAUGAGGACCAGCUCAGUAUGAUGAGUGACCAUCUUUGCAGUAUGAAUGAAACCUUAUCUAAACAGAGGGAAGAAAUUGAUACCCUAAAGAUGUCUAGUAAGUUUGUCAGGUAAAGCUUCAGACUAUUACUGAGUCAAUGUUCUCAUCGUUGGAUACCACAUAAACAUCCUGAAGAACUUCUGGUUGCCAUUAACAUGUUCUUUGUAUUGUAUGCAUUUCUCACUUAUAUUGAUUUUGUUAAAUACUUAUAUUUAAUGUUUAAAUGUAGGAAUAUGAUUAAAGUGGUUCCCCUCUUUCAAAUAAAAACAUGUGUGGUUAUUCAGAAUUAGUACAAUGGGGUGAGCUAGUUAAGCAAGAAAAAAAGAGUGCUGGUGAAAAGAUAUUUCUCUAGCUUUAAAAAGCCCCUUUGAAUUUAGAUUAAAAUAAAUUUAUAUGAUUUUGGUGAAUGCCAAGUCAGUAGUUUUCUCAUAUUAUAACUGGGUGGAAAUGGCAAGGGAAAUUCCAAGCAGCGAGAAGGAAGAAAUUAGUGAAAUGUACAGAAAUAAGCAGAAGAAAUGUUAGGUGACUUAAGACAAUAAGAAUUGAUUUUCAAAUGGAGCACCAUUUUUUUUUUUAAGCCAAAUUAUCAAAUUGUGAUAUAUAAAGACUUAGAGCUAUAAAGGACUUUAGAAAUCAUUAAUUUUUCCUUUUCCUUAUAAAUUAGGAAAACUCAAGCUCAAAGCAGAGGUCAGAUUAACUUGAUCAAGGUUAUACAAUAUUCAGAUUUAGGAAAUAUUAAGAACACAGUGUGUAUAGGGCAUAGUGCUAAGCCCUGGGAAUGAGAUGAACUUUGGAUAAGUGAAGCCUAGUGGAGUUCAUGGGCCACUUGGAGGAUAAGAUAAAAAAUGAUUGUACAUGAAAAUUACAUUAGAGUUUAAAAUAACCUUUAUUAUAUAAAGUUUGAAGAGGAAGAUGCUUAUCCAAAGGAAGAAUCAGGGAAAUAUUUAUUUAACAAUUGAUGGUUGAAUUGGAUUCAAAGUAUGGUCAGAAAUUCAGUGGUCAUACAGGGAAGGAAGAACAUUCUAAACUUAUGUCAAUAUGAGCAAAGACAUAGACAAAAAAUUCCAGGACAUAUUCAGGGAUCAGGAAGAAGAAAUAUUAAAUAAGGCUAGAAUGCUAGAUGAGUUCCAGAUUGUAUAGGAUUUUGAAUGUCAAAUAUUGCAAUUUGAACUUUGAAAGAAGUAGAAUGCAACUCUAGGUAUUUUGAGCAGAGGCAAGACAUGGCUGUAUCUAUAUAUCAUAUUGAUAUUGUUUUUAGAAGAAUUGUUAAUGAACCAAACAUUUCUUGGGUAGAUAUUUUUCAACCUGGAAAUAGAUUUUGAAGUGAAAGGUAUUAUCCUAUAAUGGAUAAAUUCAGUUUUUGGCAUUAGAAAGAUCUGUGUUCAGAUAAAAACUUUGUGAAUGUUGGCAAAUACAUAUAACUUUGUGAAUAUAGACUUUGUGAAUCUUGGCAAAUCACUGAACUCAAUAGCAUGCCAGGAAACCUUUGAUACAGAGUAUUUACAUAUAUACAUUGAAGGGAGGGGUUUCAUCAAGGAGAAUUCUUUUCAGUCUUAUGUUCUCCAUUCUAUCCUCCAUCAGAGUUGACAAGAUUGUUUUCUUCCAUUUGAUAUGAAUCUUAGAAGUUGUGAAAAUUGUUCUUUAGCUAUACAUCAGACAUUAUUUUGUUAUCAGUAUGAAGGAUAAAUUAGAUAGGGGUAGAGAAAUUAGAGGUAUGAAGAUAAAUCUAGGUGAGUAAUUAUUAGUAAGAAUAGAGCAGAGGAUGUGGAUCUGAGAAAUGUCCUUUAGGCAGGUUGAAUUUAUAAGAUUUGAUAACUGAUUGGUUGAAGACUAGAAGAAGAAAAGGAAUAAGAAGAAUCAAAGACAGUUUUAAGGAUGAAAAUGUGGAAAACUAAGGGAAUGGUGGUAACAUGAACUGAAAUGUUAAAGUCAUAAAGAGCAGUUUUAAGAGAAAGAUUUUGAGUUUAGUUUUGGACAUACUGAAUUUGAGGCCUCAGUGAGACAUUGAGUUCAUUUAGACAAACAUUUAUUAGAUUCCUUCUAUAUUCAAGGUACUGUGGUAUUGCUAGGGUUAUAGAGAUGAAAAAUGACAGACCCUAAUUUCAACUAAUAAAAAAUUGCCUGUGAGGAUGAUAUGUGUAUAAUUCAAGGUAGAAUUUAAUGAAGGCCAAGCAAAAAUCUAGGUAGUAUUCUAGAAAAAUUUAAGAAGGAAGAUAAUAUUUUUAACUGAGGGGACCAGGGAAGAUUUUAAUAAUAAUAUCUUCCUUAUUAUAAUAGCUAGCAUUUGUAAAAUGUUUUAAGGUUUAUAGUGUACUUUACAAAAAUGACCUGAUUUGAUCUUCACUGCAAUCUAUGGAGUUGGAUACUGUUGUCUCUGUUUUAAAGAGAGGAAAUGUUGGCAGAGAAAGUUAAGUGACUUAUUUAGUUAUACAAUUAGUAAGUGUCUGAGACUAGAUUUGAACUCAGGUCUUCCUGACUCUGGGUCCAGCACUAUUAUCUGCGGUAUCACCUAGAUUUCAUGGAAGAUUUGGUACCUAAGCUGAGCUGGAAAGAAGAAGAUCUAAAUGUCGAGAUAAGGUAAAAAUACAUUGCAGCAAACUGGGGGAGGGGAUAGAGAGUGGGCAUUGCCUUUGAGAAUAGUGAAUUAGGACAUGGCAUGGUCUAGGCAAGGCUUUACACAGCUUCAAAAGUAAAUUUCUGAAAUACAGAGAACUGGUUAUUUCUAUUGCUCAAAAUCAGAAACCAAUGGAAUCAGUUGGUGACUUAAUAAUAGAACCAGAUGUAAUCUGUUCUGUAGACUUACAAAUAUAGAUCUGGAAAACACAAGAGAGGUCAGGGCUAGAAAUUAAGAUUUAGGAGACAUAAAGGUAAUUGAAAUGAGACUGAAUAACAUCUGAUUCAACAAAUCUUUAUUAAAUACCUACUAUACACAAGGGAUUUGGAGAUAAAGAGACAAACAAGAAACAGACACGGCCUUCAGAGACCUUAUAUUCAAAUGGGGAACAUAGCAGAAAAUCAUAGGUUUAGAAUUGGAUGGUACCCAAGAGAAGAUCUAGAUGACUAACAGUAAGGACAAUUAGUCAGGAAAAGCUUCCUAUAGAAGAUGUCACUUGAGUUCAGCUUUAAAGGAAACUGAGGAUUUUAGGAGGCCAACAUGAGUGCAUUGUGAGUAUGGGUGGUAGUUCCCAGUCAGAUAAACAAAAUUUGGAGGUAGCUGGAAACAGCUGAUAGUCAGGUUUGGCUGAAACAAAGAAUUGGUGAAAGGGAAAUGUGAAAGAAGUCUUGGAAGAUAAGUUGGAGCCAGAUGUGAAGGGCUUUAAAUGUCAGUGUGAGUUUUGGAUUUUAUUGUAAAAUUUUUAAGGAAUCACUAAAAAUUUGAAGAUUGUUUUGGCAGUUGUGUGGAAUAUAUUAUAGGAAGGAAAGUGACUAGAAGUAAAGAGACCAAUUAAUAGGCUUUGGUAAUAAGUCAGGCAAGAAGUGAUAAUAAGUACCUGCUUUGGUGGGGUGUGGUAGUGUGAUUGGACAGAAUGAAUUUGGUGCAAAAGACGUGGAGAUAGAAGGAACAAGAUUUAGCAGCUGCUUGGGUAUAGAAUGUAAGAGAGAGGGAAGAGUUAAGGGUGACUACCUCAUGGUUGUGAAUCUGCUUGACUAGAAGAAUAGUGUUUUUCACAGAAACAGGGAAGUUGAAAAAAGUGUUCUCUUUAGGGAGAUGAAUCCCAUAUUGGGCAUUUAAUCAAACUUAGCAUGUUAGGAUUGUCUAUUGGAUGCCCAGCAGGAAGUUGGUUAUAUGAGACUGCAAUUUAGGAUAGAGAGGACUUGAUUUAGAAUCAUUUGCAAAAUGAUGUUAAUUGAACCUAUGGGAGAUAAAGUGUUGCUCCAGAAAAAGUGUGCAGAGAGAGAAAAGAAGCAAGCCUAGGACAUAGCUUUGAAGGAAGAAACUUAUAGUACAGAAGCUGGAAGAUGAUCAAGCAAUGUUUAAAGUAAUAUUUUAAAACGCAAAAGUAAAACAGGAAUAUUACAAGAGAAUGGUUAAGUUACAGAAUAAUAUCUUCCUUAUUAUAAUAGCUAGCAUUUGUAAAAUGUUUUAAGAUUUAUAGUGUACUUUACAAAAGUAAAGUGUAUUUAGUAUUAUAGUGUAAAGUAUUAUAGUGUAUUUUACAAAAAUGACCUGAUUUGAUCCUCACUGCAAUCUGUGGAGUUGGAUACUGUUGUCUCUGUUUUAAAAAGAGGAAAUGUUGGCAGAGAAAGUUAAGUGACUACAAGAGGGAAGGGAGAGGAUGUAGUAGAAGAAAGGUCAGGAGAGGGAAGAAAAGAAGGACAGAACAAAAAUCUUUGGGGAAAUACUUGGCAAAGUGAAAUGUGAGAACUUGGCUUACUACCUAUAAAAUAUAUUUUCUUUUAAGUUUUUUUCCUAAUUGUUGAUGUUUUUCUUCAUACAGGGCAAUUCUAAAAAGAACAAAAGUCGAUAGUUUACAAAUAGUUGGGUCAGUCAGGGGACUGUCCUUUCUGAUGCUGCUGCUGCCCAGAACUGCAGGUGCUGAAAAUCCUUGUCCAUUUCUGGAGUCAGCCUUUUCAAAAAACUGAAGUAUUAUUGGACCUAGUCACAAGUCAAUGCUGUAUAUGGCUAUGAAAAAAUUAGAAUGUAUUUGUAACCAGUAAGGUAAAUAUAGAAUUUGAUGUCAACAAUAAAAUGCAAAACAAUAUACAAUACCAUGAAUCUUGUAGAAAUUUCCUUAAGCUGUUUUUACUGUGCACUUUUUAAGAUUAGGCUUUAAUUUCAGUAUGUAAGAACAAAGAAGAUUUUGUAUAUUUUCAAACUCAAUUAUUUGGCAACAGAUUUGGUAUCAGUGCAAUAGAUGUAUGUUUCUGGAUAAAAUGUUUAAAUUAGCAACUUUUCACUGUUUCUUGCUAUAAUUGAAAACAGUCUCCAGAUUGUUUAUGGAGACCUCUCCAUUAUUUUUUUGACCAUUCAAACUUAGUUCUUGUGGGUUUAUUAUUGUCUCUGUUUCCUGAAUCACUCUGUAUUAGGAUGAUUAGCUUAUGGAAGUUGAUGUCAAUAAAUUCAUACUUAAAGCAAA